AAAAAACAUCUCUUACAAAAAAAAAAUAUCGAAGAUUAGAAAAGCCCGAAAAGCCGAAACCUUUUUUUCCUCUCCGCUCUAACCUCUCCUCUCAGCUUCUGCUGGAUCUCUCCAGCAGAGACGAACCAAUCCUUCUUCGGAGAGAUUCGUACGGGACUGAUUGAUCGAUCAAGGCUUCUCGGGCUAUCAGAAAUGGACCACGACAAGACAGGAUGCCAAAGCCCACCUGAAGGUCCCAAGCUUUGCAUCAACAACUGCGGUUUCUUCGGAAGCGCUGCCACAAUGAACAUGUGUUCCAAGUGUCACAAGACUAUCCUCUUUCAACAGGAACAGGGGGCUAAGUUUGCAUCUGCAGUGUCUGGUUCUUCAUCAUCAUCCAGCAACAUCUUAAAGGAAACCUUUGCCGCUGCGCUGGUUGAUCCUGAAACCAAAUCCGUUGAGCCGGUGGUUGUAUCUGUGCAGCCAUCCUCUGUUCAAGUUCCCGCAGAGGUAGUAGCUCCAGAAGCAGCAGCUGCAGCGAAACCGAAGCAAGGACCAAGCCGAUGUACUACUUGCAACAAACGGGUUGGUCUGACUGGAUUCAAAUGUCGCUGUGGUGACCUCUUCUGCGGGACGCACCGCUAUGCAGACAUACAUAACUGCUCCUUCAAUUACCAUGCCGCUGCGCAAGAAGCUAUAGCUAAAGCAAACCCGGUUGUGAAGGCAGAGAAGCUUGACAAAAUCUGAAACUCAAACACCAAAGUUUCCUUCGUCCUGUCUGCGUCUGGUUCAAGGUGUGUCGCAUGUUAAAAAGGCUUUUUAUAUAUAUAUAUGGUCGAAGAACGAAAGCGUGUGUUUAUCUUUAGUUUCUCUCUGCAAUAUUUGUGGUGUGGAACAUUCUAUUAUCUGUGGUUUGAAGCAGAGAAGUGUGCUCUUAAAGAAUAUGCUUUGAUGUGUUUCUCUUUCUUAUGAUUUAUGAGCACUGUGUUUGUUUAUGUUUCAUCAUUUGGGUCUGUAUCAUAUUGAGAUUGUAUCUUUAGUUAUUUGUUUUACUUAAAAGCUUAUGGUUGUUCUUCA